AUGUCCUCGAGACGGACAGAGGAACCUCUGGUGAGGCGCAGGCCUCCUCCCAAAAUGAACCAAGCAGAAGCCCUGCAGAGGAGAUCCCUGUGUCUGGUGCUGGUGCUGUUGUUGUUGUCCUUGCUCAUAGUGGCCACGGGAGUCUACAUCUCCACAGCCACAGAGAGCCUCAGCACCUCAGGAUGCCCCUCUGGAGUCAUUUUUGUCUUUGCCUCCAUCCUCAGUCUCCUUGGCUUAUCUCUGAGGGGGAACCGCCAACAGCUGGUAAAAGACACCUUCAUCAACACACUCAGAGCGGCCAUCUUUAUCUUCAGCCUUGGCAUCAUAGUGUCAUCCAUAAGUCUUGUGGUGGAUGGAUUAUUCAUUCUCCCCAGCAUCGAUGUUCGACCCAUUCGGGCUGGCAGGUGUCAGUUCUACUCAAGUGGACAAGGCUUCUUCUAUGAAAACCACUACACCACAGUAUGUCCAUACUGCAUAGAACACAUGGUCAUCCUCAAUAAUGCCCUAUAUCCGUCCCAAGGUCUGAAGGAGUCUUGUUUUAUGAUGGUGCGCAGUGGGACCUGUUACUGCUGUGACCUGUAUGCCUGUGCAAAUGGUGGAUACCUUGACAAGCACUAUGAGUUUGUGGGUGUGCAGGACUGCCAGGAGGUGUUGUUUGUGUACUGGCUUGUCUGGGUUAUCGCUGGGAUGAACUUGCUUGCCUUGGUCCUGGGGCUUCUCACCUCAGCCAUGCUUGGCAACAUCAAGGCACUGGACGGCGGGCAUGAUAAGGACAAAACUACAGAGGAGAUACCACUGUGGGACCCUCAAGUGGUUCAGAAUGCCACAGCUCCCCUACUCCCUACAUGGAAAGCCUAA